AAACGCAGGAUUGUUAGCACAUGCUUCUUUCUUCUGUGCCGUAUGAGACAAAGCUUCUGUUGCUAAAGGAGACAUAAGAAGAAGAGUGAGCGCUAUCCACGUGGCACUUCCCCUUCCCCUCCACUCACAUUUUCCAUUCCCCCCCACCCAAACCAAACCAACAGACUCCCCAAUCCAUUUCAAACUAUGGUUUUAUUAAGUUUUUUGCUGUGAAUAGUAGAGCACAAAUACUAUUAUAUUAAUUAGUUUAAAAAAUGGGAAACACUUAUGAAGCACAAAGGAAGGGAAGAGAUAAGGCAUUUCCUUUGCUAGCACGCGGUACCUUCCAAUUAAGCGAAAAGUUGUAAAUGGUUAGAAAUAAAUGCUAUUGUGAAACUGCAUUGCUGAGUUGCAAUACGAUACCUCCUUCCAACGCACGCUUGUUUUGCAGCAAUCCCAAUCUUGUUUUCUUGUCGUAUUUAAUGCAGGAACAGGAUGCCAAUUCCACGCCGUUUCGUUUCAUUUCCUCUCCCUAACUCUACUCCUCUUCUUCCUCUUCCUUCCUCUUCUCGCGUUCCCUUUGCUUCUGGAAUCUUCUCUUUCCUCGCAUCGUCUCGCUUCGUAUCCGCAGGAGCUAAUCAAUUGCUUGCUCAAUUUUCAAUGGAUGGAACCUGUGGAAUUGGUGCACAUGACCAGACCACAAUGGAUUUUCCUGGCAGUGAUAGUGCCAAAGGACAAGCGUGGUCAUCAUCUCCUGAUUUUGGACCUAAAACUGAUAUAGGCAAGCAGAUAUUCUGUAACCGGCCACUGAAUAUGAAAAGCAUUGUUGCUGUGGGAUUUGACAUGGAUUAUACUUUGGCGCAAUACAUUCCUGAAACUUUUGAAUCUCUUGCUUAUCAACACACCGUUGAAAAGCUGGUUUAUGAUUUGAAAUACCCUAGUGAGUUGCUGAAUUGGUCAUUUAACUCAAAUUACAUGGUUAGGGGCUUGGUUCUUGACAAAAAGAGAGGCAACAUCUUGAAGAUGGAUCGCCACAAGUAUGUGAAAGUAGCUUAUCAUGGAUUUCAAGAGUUGUCAAAAGAAGAUAAAGUUGAAACCUAUGCAAAUACUCUAGUAUACGAUUCUUUUGAUGGACCAGACUAUGCUCUAAUUGAUACGCUCUUUUCACUUGCGGAAGCCUACUUAUUUGCUCAACUGGUUGAUUUUAAGGACAAAAAUCCUGGAAAGAUUCCAGAGCAUGUUGAUUAUGCUAGUCUGUACAAAGAUGUUCGAGAUGCAGUAGAUUUGUGCCACCGAGAUGGAACGUUGAAGCAAAAGGUUGCUAUAAAUCCCAAAAGGUAUAUCAAUGAAGACACCUCAAUAGUUCCCAUGCUUAAAAUGCUCAGAGAUUCUGGACGUGCUACAUUUUUGGUGACAAACAGUUUAUGGGACUAUACAAACACUGUCAUGAAUUUCCUGUGUGGAUCUGAUGGGGCAAACGAAAGUACCAAGUUUGACUGGCUUAAGUACUUUGAUAUUGUCAUCACUGGCAGUGCAAAGCCAAGCUUUUUUCUUGAGGGAAACCGUGCCAACCUGUUUGAGGUCGAGGCUGAAAGUGGAAUGCUACUUAAUACAGAUAAUGGCUCUCCCAUGCCUCAGGUGGGUAAUGUCUCUGCAAGGAUACUAACAGAGGUGAAUGAUCGUGCUCGGAAAGUUUUCCAGGGAGGCAGUGUUGGUCAUCUACAUAAUCUACUCUCAAUAGAAUCAAGUUCACAGGUUCUAUAUGUUGGGGAUCACAUUUAUGGAGAUAUACUACGCAGCAAAAAGCUUCUCGGUUGGAGAACAAUGUUGGUAAUCCCGGAGCUUGAGAAGGAGGUUAAACUACUUUGGGAAUCGAGGGAUGCUCGCAAGGAACUUCAAUUUCUGAGGACUGAGCGUGACCGCAUUGAGGAUGAAAUGCAUUAUUUGAACGAGUCUCUCAGAUUAAAGAAUCCAGAUGAUGAUACCAAGCAGAAGUUAAAUUCCAAACUUGAUAAAUUGAAGCUUGAAAGAGAGAGAGUGCGAUUAAGUCAUCAAGAAGCUCAAAGAAAAUUACACCACAAGUUUCACGAGCCAUGGGGCCAGCUGAUGAAGACUGGUUAUCAGAACUCUCGCUUUGCACAUCAGGUUGAGCGGUUUGCAUGCCUUUAUACUAGCCAAGUAUCUAACUUGGCCUUGUUCUCUGCAGACAAGUACUACAGACCCAGGGAAGAUUUUAUGCAGCAUGAAUUUGGCAUUUUCGAAAUCUGAACCUCUGGUACUGGGUGUUUCGCCCUUUCUCUCUCCUUAUUUUAAGAGAAGAGAGGGGGGGGGGGGUGUUGAAAUGAAAUUAUUAGCUUUGUUCAGUUCUCGUGGUUAAUAUAUCAAAACCAUUCACAACUGACCAAAAUUGUAAAGAACGAAAAAGGUAGGUCAAAAUUGUCAAAAAGUUUCCAAUCAAAACUAGCCCCAUUGGGAUGGGAAAUGGAAGCUUACUCAGCCAAUAUUUUUUAGCAAUGUUUGAUUCCAGCAGAUUUAUCAGCUUAUUAACCUUUACGUAAAAUAAAAAUAAAAAUCAUCAUGCUUCAACGUGGGAAUU